AUGGUUAAGCCUGCCGUGUUUCCUCCGGUGGGAGGCGGAAAUCCGGAACCCGUGGAUGGGGUUGGGGCCGGCUUCCGUGGACCGGAAACUGUCAUGCCACUGCUGACGGCCGGCGCCGGGCGCGUUCGGGAGCGUCGCUUUCAGCGGCAAUUCGGCUUCUGGUUCGUUGCGUUGGCGGUUGCCGCGCCUUGGUGGGUGUUGCGGUCUCGCGCUGGGAACCGGCAAAGCACAGGUGAUGAUGUUCGGGACUUGUUCGCGUCUACGUGUGCGACUACAGGAGGUGUGGGGUAUAUUUUGUACGCGGGCGGUAGCGCUGUACUCAUUAUCUGUGGACCGCGCGUGUUCUCUUCAGCGUUCAUGGAAGGCGAUACGCUUAUGUUGUUUGCUGAUGCGAUCUUCCUAACAAACUGGCCGCAAUUCUCUAUGAGGAGAAAAAACAUACAUGUGACUUGUGUGUAUGUGUGUGUGUGUGUCUGUGUAUGUGGUUCCUCUUUCUCCCCAGUGUUGAUGGUGGCCUACGUAACCGUCAGAAAGUUAAGGAAGGUACUUUUAUUGCCAGCUUCCGAUGCAAUACAGGGUAAGAACCGUGGCCAUUAUCGAAAGUUUUUUGUAUUUGGUCGUGAGCGGGCGUGCGUCGCUACUCUCAAAGACUUUAAACGUGUUUUGUCAUUGUGGAAGAAAUCUGUGGUAACAAAACCGCCUGGUUGUCUUUGA